AUGAGGAGUCUUAGAAAAAUCCUCACCCCAGGGCGAGCGCUCUCCAACCGACCCGGAGUGGCGUCGACGCGGCCGCCGCCGGCGACGUGGUCGAUCACCGCGUGCCCGACUUACCUCCCCGCCGCCGAGAACGUCCUCCCCGGUCGGAGCAACGGCGGCAAGCGCCACUCCUUCCACGGCAAGAAGCCACCCGCCGAACCCGACAGGAAGCAGCCCGCCGAGCCCGACAAGAAGCGGCGCGGCCUGAAGCUCCUCCGCUUCCUGCGGAGCAGGCUCGCGCGAGUGUCGCGGCUCCCCUCCGUUCUGCGGCACAUGAAGCCACCGCUACCGCCUCCGCCGCCGUCACCGCCGCGCGCCGCCGUUGCCAAUUCGGGUCCUCGCACUCCGGCGAUCCCCUUUCUCAUGAAGAAUCUUGCGCUGAUGCGGCCGGCGACGACGACGGUGUUUUGCUUCGUCGCCGGGUUCGCCGUCUCCGUGGCUUCCAUCUCGGCGCUUCGCCUCAUGGCCGGAUUCAUGAUACCGAGUGGGAGCUGCACACUAUGGAGAUGUUUCUUGGCGAAGAAAUUCCUCCAGUUCUUGGGGCCUCCUCUCUUUGAGUGGCUCUCCAAGAUUAGCCUGAAGCUUGUCAAUUUCUUGGAUGCUCCUGUUCUCUGUGAGUGGCUCGCACGCCCGAAGCUUACUCUGAAGUGCCUCUUUAACAAGUAGAAAUUUGUCUAGUGCUGAUAGCAAAUGUAAUUUGGUCCUGUUUAUUAUAUU